AUGUCUGAUAAUGAGGAAAACGGUUCUAAAUCUACUAUAAUUCAGGGAACUAGCUCGAAAACUGUAGUUCAAUUAGAAUCGAGUGAUGACAAAUUAAAACGCGUAUUAAGUGAAAGAGAGAUUUUAGUUUCAAAAUUAACACGUUUCAUCAAUUUCACGAAAUCUGCGGUGGAAGAAAACUUGGUAGAAUUGGAAACCAGACUUGAUCAUGUUCAAAAUAUAUUAUUUCAGUUCGAUAAUGUUCAAAAUCAGAUAGAAUCUUUAGACAAAAACGAAAUGUUACUAAAUAAUAGAGAGUCAUUUGAAAAUAGCUAUUAUAAAUCAGUAGCUACUGCCAGAAACGUUAUAAUACAAAUGCAUGCUAACAUUAAUCAAAAGGGCAGGCUUCAAGGUGAAGCGGCUGCAAUCAUUCAAGACAUUGAGUUAACAGAUGAAAAUUACUCUGUAGCUUUACAAUUAUUAAUAGAUCGCUACGAAAACAAGCGCGUAAUCGUUGACAAGCAUGUUGAUGAUCUUUUUAACAUUCCAGAUGUAGUCAAUGAAUCUGCAGUUCAGUUAAGGAGACUCAUUGACUCAUUUAAGCAACAUUUAAGAUCUUUAAAGGCACUUGGUGAGCCCACUGAUUCCUGGGAUCGUUUAUUAAUACAGCUCAUUAAAAAUAAAUUAGAUAAAACCACCAGGGAUAGGUGGCAAGAGGUGUCACAUUCUCAACCUCAAAGGGCUCCUCCCAAGUUGUCUGAACUAAUGGAAUUUUUAGUAUGUAGAUGUGAGUUUCUGGAAAGCAUUGAAAAAACAAAAAAUCAUUCACAUAAACUCAUUUCCAACUCACAAACCCCUACAAAAAAUUCUCAUUUCAAAAAUCAUUCACAAGCAAAUAGAAUCAAUCAUACUUUUUCAGCAAUUCAAAAUACACCUGAAACAAAAUCAACAGUAACUUGUUUCUACUGCAAUCAAUCUCAUGCUUAUAGUUGUACCACAUUUUUAAAACUUGCAUUAAAAGAUAAGUAUAAGGAAAUUAUGAGAUUAGGGUUGUGCAUUAAUUGCUUAAGAAAGGGUCAUUCUAAAGUUCAGUGUAGUUCAGGUGGUUGCAAAACUUGUCAUGCAAGGCAUAACACCAUUCUUCAUGGCACAAAUACUGUAGAGACUAAAACAUUACUUUCCAGUUCAGCAACAGAGUCUAACAAUGAGUGCAAUUCUUCACCUGGUACUGUUGAUCAGGAUGAGCCACAUCAACAUUCUCCAUGUAACAAUUCUACAUUAACCUCUAGUUCAGCACAUUCAAUAAAAAAUGACAAUUUGGUUCUUUUAUCCACAGCGAUUAUUUACAUAAAGGAUCACGUUGGCAAUUUACACACUGCUCGUGCUCUGUUGGAUGUAGGAAGCCAAAGUAAUUAUAUAACAACUUCAUUAGCUAAAAGAUUACAAUUACGAGAGCAAAACGUAAACAUUUCAAUUUUUGGGGUAGGCCAAAAUUCCAUUGGUGUCUUUAAACAAUCUUUUGCCACAAUAAAAUCAAUGCAAUCUACAUUUGAAAUUAAAUUACCAUUUUUAAUUCUACCACAAAUUACGGAUCAAAUUCCAAAUGUGCAUUUUAAUCUUAAUCAUAUUAAUAUUCCUAGUAAUAUUAGUCUAGCAGAUCCGACAUUAAACAAGCCAGGCAAAAUCGACAUUUUGCUUGGGGCUGCUCUAUUUUAUGAUUUACUCAAUCACGAGACUAUUUCGUUAGGUCACGGGAACCCUACUUUACAAUCCACUCAAUUAGGUUGGAUUCUGGCAGGCUCUAUCAAUUUUCCUUCAGAUUCCAAAACACAAAAAACAUUUUGUGCAUUAACACUAAAUCAACAAUUAGUCAAGUUUUGGGAGUUGGAGGAAACUCCUACCAAAAAACAUUUGCCGUUAGAAGAAAACUUUUGUGAAACAUUCUUCAAAGAAACCACUAUUCGCGAUUCCUAUGGCAGGUUUGUUGUUAAGCUACCCUUUAACGAAUCCCUUGAUCAGUUGGGUGAUUCUAAACCUGCAGCAUUAAAACGUCUUGGCAGCAUUGAGAAACGUUUUGAAAGAGACACUCAAUAUAAGAGGCUCUACGUAGACUUUAUUAAUGAGUACAAAACCCUGAAUCACAUGUCCUUAGUCGGCUCCAAUAUUGAUGACAAUUCCUUUGCAUUUUAUUUACCGCAUCACGGGGUCAAAAAAGAAAGCUCCAGCACCACGAAAUUGCGUGUUGUUUACGAUGGCAGCGCCACAACAGAUUCUGGAAUUUCACUCAAUCAAUGUUUGGGCAUAAAGCCGACAAUCAACAAUCAUCCGUCAAUCAUCUACAACUAUAGAUCCAAUCAAGUGGCAAUCAUCCGUCAAUCAACUACAAGUAUAGAUCCAAUCAACUGUCAAUCAUCCGUCAAUCAACUACAAAUGAACUUAAGUGAACUCAACAAAUGUUCCUUAAUUGGAGAGAAAGCAAAUAAGCCAGUUGUGAAGCUGAGUACUCUACCUUUGGACAUUCCGCACACCAUCUUAGCAGCCAAAAUUACCAAAGGAAAAUUUGGGGAAUCAGUGCUAGUAGAAUUGGACCACGCAGUGACCUUUUUGCCAAAUAGAGUAACGGAACUAUACCGGCCAAGCAUCAAACAUUUCACGGCAUCAAGAUACGCGAUUGUCUAUAGGGGUGCAGUAGACACUGGCAAACCACAACCAGCGGCAUCUUUCGAAAUUAUCGAAAAUUAAGGAUAAAAGGGUAAGCGAUUUUUUUUAAAUAUUUUUUGUUUGCCAGUGUUAAAAUGAAUCCUUUUAAUGUUAUUAAACAAUCUAGUAAUAUACUAGCGGCUAUAAAAAAACUUAGGAAAAUUUUAUUCGACAAUUUUACAAUUAAAGAUGCGGAGAUUUGGUUAAAACGAUUACAAAGGCAGAUUAAAUCGUGUAAUAAAGCAAUUCGUAGUAGACGGCAAUAUAAUUUAUCUAUUGGUGCUCUACGUAAAUUGGAAACUAAUGUGGGACAUUUUAAACAUUUUAGAAAAUUAAUUUUGAAUAGACAUAUUGGUAUGGGCAUACAAUCAAAAUUGGGGCAACGCGUAAAAUGGGCUAAUGUAGAAUCUAGUUUUAAAAGUAGAGUUACAACUGGAAUUAUAGUUAAUUUACGUCAUAAGGACUUAGAUACAUUUUUGGAUGAUUGUGUAGUUAUUUUUAAAAAUAAAAUUAAUAAAUUUUUAAAAGCAAAUCAAGCACUUAAAGUUAAUACUACAUUUUGUGGCGAAUUCAUCAAAAAAUCUAACGAUAAUGAGAUUUUAGAUUUAAAAUAUUUCAAUACUAAAAAUGCUGUUAUUGAUAAAUCGACUGAAAUAACAGAGUGGUUUAAGGAUAAUGUGCAAGAUAAAAUUUUAAAUAAAUUGUCGGAAUUUUCGGAGAAAGAUAGUGGGUGGGCAUUAAGUAAAAUCGUAUCAUUAGCAGUAAAUGUAAAUAAAUAUGAAAUGGGAAACGGAUCGUCUUACAUUAAAUUACCUGAGGCAAUUUUAAAAAAACGAGCAUGUAUUAAUAUUAAAAAUACCGAUCAGGCCUGCUUUUAUUGGUCCAUUAUUAGUGCUCUUUAUCCUACUAAAAAUAAACAUACAGAACGAACCUCCUCGUAUCCAUAUUACAAACAAUUUCUGCAAACAGAGGAUUUAGAUUGUCCAAUGGAAUUAAGUCAAAUUCCAAAAUUUGAAAAAAUAAACCAAAUUUCAGUUAACGUUUAUGCUUUAGAAUUAAACGAGACAGAGAAAAAAACAUUUUACACAGUAGUACCGGCUAGACUAACAAAAAAUAAAUUAGAGAAGCAUGUCAAUUUACUUUUAAUUCAAAAUAAAUAUUAUCCAAAAUUAAAUGAUUACGAUGCUCCACCGGUUGAUGAUGUAGACGAAGAGAUUAAAUAUCAUUAUUGCUGGAUCAAAGAUUUGUCACGAUUAGUUUCAAGACAACUCAGUAAAGAUUGCAAUAAAAAAUAUAUAUGUGAUAGAUGUUUAAAUUAUUUUAGUAGUCGAGAUAAAUUAGCUGAACAUGAAAAACUUUGCUCUAAAUUAAAUAAGUAUAAAAUGAGUGUUCCUCAAUUUGAUUUUGUUGAAUUUCGAAACUUUACAUAUCAGCAAACUACCCCGUUUGUCGUUUAUGCUGAUUUUGAGUGUCAAUUAGAAAAUUUCAAUCAACCUAGUAUAACUAAAACUUUAAAAUAUCAAAAACAUGUUGCGUAUAGUGCAGGCUACUAUGUAAAAUGUUCAUAUGAUGACAGCCUUUCUUAUUUCGAUAGUUAUCGCGGUGAGGAUUGCAUGGAUUGGUUUGCAGAUCGAAUGGAAGAUGUAGCAAAAUUUGUAAAUUCUAAAAUAAAAACAAUUGUGCCUAUGAUUGAAAAACCAGAUACAUGUAAGGCAAAAACUUGUCAUAUAUGUAAUAAACAGUUUUCCUCCAAGGACAUAAUUGUAACAGACCAUGACCACUUUAACGGAUCCUUUAGGGGAUUUUCGCACCAAGCAUGCAAUCUGAAUUUCCGAAAAUUGUUUGUUGUGCCAGUGGUCUUUCACAACCUAAGUGGGUACGAUAGUCAUUUUAUGAUUACGAAUUUAUGUAAAAAGGGAUGUUUGAGCUUACUUCCAAUCAAUAAGGAUAAAUAUAUUUCAUUUACUCUUCAUUCAGAUGAAACUAACAUUAAAUUACGUUUUAUCGAUUCAUUGCGAUUCAUGGGGACAUCUCUUGAUGAACUAGCUUCAAUUUUAGAUAACUCAGAGAAGAAAAUUUUAAAACGCGAAUUUCCAAAUUUAACUAAUAAUCAAUUUGAAUUGUUAACACGCAAAGGAGUUUUUUGUUACGAUUAUAUAGAUUCUUUAGAAAAAUUAAACGAGACUUCAUUACCAUCAAUUCAACACUUUUACAAUAAAUUAAACGAUGAACAUAUUAGUGCUGAGAAAUACGCUCAUGCACAGCAAAUUUGGCAAAAAUUUAACAUUCAGGAUUUGGGACAAUACUCAGACGUGUAUUUAAAAACUGAUAUUCUGCUUCUUGCGGAUGUUUUCGAACAAUUUCGCAAAAACUGUUUUAAGACGUACGGUCUAGAUCCUGCAUGGUAUUACACUAUGCCUGGCUAUACUUGGGACUGUAUGCUCAAGUAUACUAGAUGCAAGUUAGAAAUUCUCAAGGAUCUAGACAUGGUUAUGUUUUACGAAAGCGCCAUAAGAGGUGGAAUAUCGGUGUGUAGUAGCCGAUAUUCAGAGGCUAAUAACAAAUAUAUGGCUGAGUAUGAUCCCACGAAACCUUCAAAAUUUCUAAUGUACCUAGACGUGAAUAAUUUAUACGGGAAAGCUAUGUGUGAAUUACUACCCUACGGAGGAUUCAGCUGGGUCGAUAACAUCGAAAAUUUUGAUGUGAUGUCAAUACCGGAUGACUCUAACGUAGGGUACGUUUUGCAAGUUGAUUUAUCGUACCCACGAGAUCUGCAUGACAAACAUAAAGAUUUUCCAUUUGCUGCUGAACACUGUGUUCCACCGGGAUCAAAAUUACCAAAAUUACUUACAACCCUUACGGAUAAAAAACAAUACACAGUUCACUAUAGAAAUUUAAAACAAAUGUUGGCUAAUGGAUUAAUUAUAACUAAGAUUCAUAAAAUUUUGAAAUUUAAUCAAUCUGCUUGGUUGAAGCCCUACAUCGAGCUAAAUACUCGAUUAAGGGCAGCAGCCAAGAAUGAUUUUGAGAAAAACCUCUAUAAGCUAAUGAACAACGCAGUGUUUGGCAAGACAAUGGAAAAUAUUCGCAAGCACCGUAUAGUUAAGCUAGUUAAAUCAUGGCAGGGACGUUAUGGAGCCAAAAAUUUGAUCUCAAGUUUUCGAUUCCAUAGUCGUACAAUCUUAGGGGAAAAUUUGAUGGCUAUCGAACUAACAAAGUCUGAAAUAGUAUUUAAUAAACCUCUGUAUGUAGGACAGGCAAUUCUAGACUUGUCUAAGACCGUCAUGUACAAUUUUCAUUAUAAUUACAUGCUACCGAAAAUGGGCGUAAGUAAUUGCAAAUUAAUGUACAUGGACACAGACAGUUUUGUCUAUGAAUUGCUCUGUGAUAAUGUAUACGAGGACGUAAUAAAAGCAGAUUUAGCAGAAUUUGAUACGUCUGAUUAUAGCGAAGAUAACAUCUAUAAUAUUCCUAGAGUUAAUAAAAAAGUUUUGGGAUUAAUGAAAGACGAAAAUAAUGGGAAAAUUAUGACUCACUUUGUAGGACUUCGCUCCAAAAUGUAUAGUUAUAAAGUGCAGGGUGGUAAAGUGGUUAAGAAAUCGAAAGGGAUUAAAUAUAACAUAGUUAAACAUAAAAUUACCUUCGAAGAUUACGUUAGGUGUUUAAAAGAAAAUCAGGAAAAAAUAACUACACAACGUUGUAUUAGAUCAUUUGCGCAUAAUGUGUAUAGUAUCGAACAAUCGAAAAUUGGUCUAAGUCCUCAUGACGAUAAACGCUAUUUGAUUCCAAAUAGUUUUGACACACUUCCCUGGGGUCAUUAUAGUAUCCCUAAAGAAUGAAUCAUUUUUCUUUAUUUCAGAUAUGAAGCAGCCCUCAAAAUUAGAAAAAUUGUGUAUAAAGACAAUUUGUGAAAACAUUAAUAACCUAGCUACAUUUAUAGAUCAAUCUCCGCUACCGUGGUCAGUAACGUGUGAUAUUGCUAAUAAAUUUGUUGAUUGGAAAUGGAAAGCACUAAAUGUUCAAGCAGAACUCGG